AAUGUUUUCAGCGCUGCAACAACACUACUUCCGGUCCACAUGUAAACCCUGCAGCGUGAUUAUUCUAAACGUAGACGAUAAACUUAAAAAAAACCUUUGUUUUCCAUUCAUUUGAAUUAUUGACAGCUGUUUGUGAACAUGAAGCUACUCACGCACAACAUGUUGACAUCCCACGUGAAGGGAGUGACUAAAGGAUACCCGUUGCUCAUCAAGGCUACAGAGGUGAAGGUGAAUGAAGUGGAUUUCAACCCUCAGUUUGUCAGCCGGAUGAUCCCCAAGCUGGAGUGGAGCGCUCUGGUUCAGGCUGCAGAUGAGUUGGGGCAACGGCAAGACCUGCCGGGGGAGCUGGUACCAGAGUAUGAGAACAACGAAGAGUUUCUGAAGAAAGUACACAGAGUGCUUUUAGAGGUGGAGGUGAUCGAGGGCUGUCUGCGGUGCCCUGAAUCCGGACGAGAGUUCCCGAUCUCCAGAGGAAUCCCCAACAUGCUGCUGAACGAGGACGAAGUUUAGACUCAAACACAGCCUCACCCCGAGCUGUCACUAUAUUUUUUUGUGCAUUCAUAGAGGAGAAGUUGUACCGAAGUUGACGCCUUGAGAAAACAGGCCCCACUGUUUGGUUGAUUGCUGUUAUGACAUUUAGGCGUCUGAAGCUGCCAAUGGAGGAAAAAGAUUUGACCAGAUGGAAAUCGUUUCCUGAGACAAACCUCCAGUGGUUUUAUCUGUAUUUAUUUUUGUAACUGUUUGGGUUUGUCCUUUCCUUUUUUUCAAUAAAACUGUCCUGAUUUCCACGA